UGUUUCACUAACGGAUUCGGAAAUGGAACAUAGAACGUUGAAGUAUACCACUGAAGAUGUUAGUGCUAACAGUAGCAGUGUAACGAAUUCAAAAUCAUCGAAUAAUCUCCUGGUGCAUUUCCAGAAUAUGGAGAAUUUACAGCAUCUCGUACAGACAAUUGAUGUCUACGAUAAUGUCACGAACAGCAAUUUACCGCCACCAGUUCGUAUUACUCCGUUUUCGGGAAUGAAACCUCAGGUCAGUAACUCUUUAUCAGUUGCUUUUUCAUUUUUUGUUGACCAAUUCUCACUCGUGAUGAAUAAAACCACUGCUACAAAUUAUUCGAUAUUAACGUAUUGCUGCUGCUGCAUAUAA